AUGGAGAAGGAUUUCCAGCUCUUCUCUCCGCGGCAAUCCAGUCUCGAUGAGCCGCUAGGCGAUGAUCUAUCAACUGCAUAUCCAAUCGACGACAACAUGAGCCAAGAUUGGACUCAAUGGAUGCGAUGGGACGAGCCAGUGUUUGCCGAAGGAGACCCGAAGCAGAUGACCUCAUCUUCAGACCUUCCAUCUAUAUCCCCGCAUACUGACUUGAGCUCCCCAAGUCAGUUGAACGACAAAGACUUCUCACCUAAACUUCCGCUCGGUUUGAUGGAACUCCCGCCCGAGCCCAAUGCCGGGAGCCACCUCGCAUACCAACACAACACUCCAGGGCAGUCUUGGGACACGAGUCAGAAACGUCAAUCAGGGUUGGUAUCUCCGAUCUCGAGUGUCGGGACCAGCCGAAAACGAAAGACAGGCAGCGAAGACGAUGCCACCACAGUGACUGGACCAGUUCAACCCGGCAAGAAGAUGCCCGCCAAAAAGCGAGCCCACAAUGUUAUUGAGAAGCGAUAUCGCGCCAACCUGAAUGACAAAAUUGCCGAACUCCGUGACAGUGUGCCCAGCCUUCGGCAGACCAAGAAGACAAAUGGAGGUUCACACGAUGACGAUGACGAAGCGGAUGGAGCCAAUGCUGCGAACAAGCUGAACAAAGCAUCCAUUUUGUCGAAAGCGACGGAAUACAUAAAGCACCUGGAAAUUCGCAAUAGGCGUUUGGAAGACGAGAAUACCGCGUUGAAGACUCGCCUCCGCCAAGUUGAUAAGGCAGCGGAUCAGGCGGUCACAUCUUCAGCCUCAGUGUCAUCGCCAAGUAACUACGCUGCUACAGACUCGGGCUUAGGUACAUCGCCCAGUGUGUUUUCCCAGGCGGAAGAAAUCUCCACCGAAAGUCCGCCCGCCUCACAAAGCCCACCAGAGGGUCUUCUUCCGGUCCCUGAUGCAUGGAAGCGCAUGCGAGCUGAAGCUGCGAAGGAAGGAGCUUUUGCCGAGUCCUACAUUAAAUACCCCCCGUCGUCGUCCACCCAUCAACUGCAGGAUGCGAGAGAAAGCACAUCCACCCGACGGUCAAGGAUGCCCAACAAGUACAUGUUGGGUGCACUUGCUGGUCUAAUGGUUCUGGAAGGGCUGGGAUCUGACGACUCAGAAUCAGAAUCAAAAGGCCUGUUUGCACUUCCCAUGGGACUUCUCAGUCGUUUCCAAACACUCACAUUUGGUCACUGGGAUUUCUAUCUGAAGCAGUUUUGGUACUCAUGGCAGGCGCGCGCAUUUUCUCAUUUCCUCAUCUUGGCAUCUUUGAUCCUUGCCAGUGCCUUCAUUGUGUUUGUGUAUUUAUUCAAUGCCCAACCGAUGACGCAGCGUGGCCCACCCAAAAAGGACGCCGAGGGCCCGCCGGCGCAUCUGACUGCCAGUGACUUCCGCCGACAGGCUUGGCUGACUAGCAUGCAACGAGUCGGUGUACCGCGCCACAGGUUCUUCCGUGAGUGGUACGUUGUUACAUCGAGAUGCUUUGAGUACGUUCUGCGAUGUGUGAUGGGUUGGAAAUUGUACUCCUGGGCCACCGGAAUCACUGAGGAGGAUGAGAAGGGGCGAGUCAAGACCUGGGAUAUCGCGAUCGAUGCUCAGCUGACUGGCGGCGAUGCCGAGAUUAGCAAGAGCCGUCUUGUGCUCACAAUUUUUGCUGCUGGCACACUUCCCUGUACUCCGACGAGAAUGAUCAUCAAGGCCUUGCAUGUCCGCAUUCUCUUGUGGAAUGUUGGUGAAGCCGGUUCCUGGACCUUCCAUGUAUCCAAUGACAUUGCACGGGCCCUGGCCAGGUACCAAUGGGGUGUGGCCCGCGAAGUCAAUGAUGUCCUUCCUGAAGGUCAUCCUGACCAACUUCCUCCUCAUCUUGCUGCCCUGGUCGAACUUGAUUGCGAUGAUGUCAUGAUAGAUAGCAUCAUCCAGCGUGCUGUGAACCUGACGUGGAACCGGCCCACUCAGGAAGGUACCGGUGACGAUGAAGUUCUAUUGGAUGUUGUGGACGAGGACCCAGCUAUCCAGUGUCCUGAAGAUGCGCUUGCGGCUUGGUGGUCCAGUCAUCUUCUACAGACCGCACUUCUCAACUACUUUGAAGCAAGUGGCAAGGGCCCUGUUUCCAAGGCAAGCCGUGAUACAUUCAAGGAAAAAAUUCGUAUGGCUCUUGAUGUCGCACCACGAUUGUCUGCCGCGUAUACUCGUGCGCUGGUAAUGAAAGCAGUAUUCUUUGAACAGAACCGCAUUGAGAAUGUUGGAGCUGUCCUUGCUGCCCUACCAAAGGAAAAACGAAAAGAAAGUCAGAGUCAGUCGUCCAACUUCCUUGAUUCCUCCCUGCCCGUUUCCGUGCGCGACGAAAUCUCCAUUGCAGUGCGCUGUGCUAUGAUUGCCGCCAUCGUCACUGCACGAUCCGCAGGUGACGUCUGUUCGCUGCCCGAGUCUUUCACGAUCCAAAAGGCCAUCACCUGGUUCAAUCAUCUUCCGAUCGAUCCAGUCGAGUUCUCCUUACUGGGAUUCUCAUCUGUCUAUCACCUUCUUCACCUCCUUGCCUCGGACAUAGAUUAUAUCGCGUCAUCCGACUCAUCCUCACCCUCAACCGCCGCUUCAGAAGCCACCUCCUCCGCAGAUGACGAAGCUGAGGAUAAGCCCCGCCUGACCCGCAAAUUGUCCAUCUGUCCCCGCGAUAUCCCCAAUCUCGGGCGGGUAUCCGCAGAGCUCAUAUAUUGGGCCCGCAAUGCCUACACCCCCGCUUUCUACGGCUUUUCGUCGACUCUUGUUGAUGUGAUCGUCAAGUCUUGCACGGAAAUUUGCGAAAAUGCAGGUAUCAACGUUGAAGACUAUCUGCGCACCGCUCCUGAAAAAGCUUCGAGCAAGAAACGUCGAAGUGGUCGACGCAGGGGAGAAUCACGAUCGUCCCAAAGCGAUGCCGAUCAAGAUCAGGUUGAAUGCUCUGUUUCAAGGCCAGCUCUUCGUCGGGAACGAUCAGCUAGCAAUGACACAGGCUAUGGCAGCCUCUCUUUCGAGGAAGAUUCACAGGAAACCUCUGCUACUCCUCUCAAUUCGCAGCCGGUGCCUGCUUGA